CUCUCUCUCUCUCUCUCUGUCACACACCUAACAAAUAAAUCAUCAAAAUUUUCACAGAAAAAACCAGUUGAUCUUCAUCUGAACCCUAAUUCAACACCGUUACAUUUCAUCUUCAUCUAGAUCCGUUCAAUCUCCGGUUACAAUCUUCACAAAACAGAACUCAAUCUUCCUCGAUUUAGGGUUGCCAGUUGAAAUCAGUCGUCAUCAAUCAUCAUUAUUAUUAUUGUUUUUCCAGAUCAUUCUCACUUCUGUUCAGUUUCUCUCUUACUCUUCGUUUUCCGAUCCAAAUUUUACGGUAUCGGAGUUUUCUAUUCGUUUUAUUACUCCUUACAUCGGUAAACGUCGUCGUUUUAUAACUCGUUUUAUCGGUAAAACGUCGUCGUUUUGUCAUUCGUUGUAUCAGUAAACGUCGUCGUCGUUUUAUUGCAAGUUACAUCCGUAAACGUCGUCGUUUUAUAACUCGUUAUAUCGGUAAACGUCGUCAUUUUAUUGCUCGUUACAUCGGUAAACGUCGUCGUUUCGUUAUUCGUUGUAUCGGUAAACGUCGUCGUUUUGUCAUCAUUUUAUUCGAGCCCUAAUUUCAUCAAAUUAGGUUUAAAUUUAACAAUCUUCAAUUCUCCAUAGCAAAACAUUUUAAAUAAACUAAAUAAUUGUGUGUAUAUUUCACACACACAAACACACAAGUUUUUAUAAAAGCAAAACAAAACAAAACCCUAAAAGUUUAAUUUCUUUUUUUUUUUUUUUUUUUGAGAAAUUUGAAAAUUUUUGAUUUGGUGAAGUUUGGGAUUGAGUUUUUGAACAAAAAUGGUGGGAGGUGGAAACCGAAAGGAUGAUUCGAUAGCGAUAAACAGCACAAAUGUGUUUGCUGCUUUAGGAAGCUUAAAGAAGAAAAAGAAGUCUGAUAAAGAUCAGGGUACAUCGAAAAAGGGCGGAGGUGGUUCGAAGAAGAAGGAUAAGGAGAGUAAGGUGGAGAAGGAGCAGGUUUUUUGGGCUCCGGCGCCGUUAAUGGUGAAGUCGUGGGCGGAUGUGGAUGAUGAGGAUGAUGAUGAUUAUUAUGCGACUACGGCUCCGCCCCCGGUUUGGGGUGGUGCGGGAAUGCAGCAAGAGAAAGUGAAAGGGAAUGAGACUCCGGUUGAGGAAAGUGAAAGUGAAGAAGAAGAUGAAAUCGACGAUGAUAACGAAGAAGAAAGUGAUCAUGAACCAGAAAAAGAACCCGUUAAAAUACCCGCUGAAAAAGAAACCGUUGUGCCAAAAGACAAUGACCGACAGCUGUCAAAGAAGGAAAUCAAAAAGAAAGAACUUGCCGAACUUGAAGCAGUGCUUGCAGAAUUAGGGUUAGCUGAAAAUACGGGCCAAGAUGAUUCUUGUGGUGGUACCCAAGAGAAAACCGAGAACAGAAACGGGGAAACUGAAAAGAAAGACAAAAACGUGCCAGGUGGCGAGAGCAAAAACGCCAAAAAGAAAAAGAAAAAAGAAAAGUCUACCAAGGAUAAUACCAAAGAUCAACAACAGGUCGUGCCUGAGCCCGAGACUGCGAAUUCAGCGUCAGAAGCUACCGGAUCGGAGAAGGUUACUGGAAUCGAUGUGAAAGAGAAGAUAAAGAAGGUGGCUGCUGCUAAAAAGAAGAAAUCCAACAAGGAAAUGGAUGCUGCCGCCAGAGCUGCCGCUAGUGAGGCGGCGGCAAGGAGUGCUAGGCUUGCGGCUGCGAAGAAAAAGGAGAAGAAUCAUUAUAACCAGCAGCCAGUGCGGUAGGUGCACAUAGAUGAACUAUCUGUUUAUUUGUCGACUGUCGAGUGCAUAAUAAACACUCUGAAUCUUUGAGUUGGUUUUUGCAUAGCAGUAUUUCGGAUUUACAUCGAAAGUUACUAGAUGUUUUUAGAGUUUUCGUCGUACUUUGUUGGUAGUUUAAAGUUUAAACUUUUUCUGUGUAGAGUGAACUUAAAAACUCUUGUGGAUGUUUUACUAAAUCCUGAUUUUUUUUUUACAUUUUUUUGGUCAA